UGUAUUACAAUUUAAUGGAUACGGGUUGUAUGUCAAAUGUGUUAAUGUUGAUUCAAUAUUUAUUGUAAAAAAAAAAAAAAAUUUUUAUAUUAUUUAGCAAAUAUGUGCAAUGUUUUUAUUUAUAUUCGAUAUAUUUUUUCAAAAUUUUCAAUUAAAAAAUUUGAAAAGCCUCUUCCUUAAAAUAUGAAUAUAUUAUAUUGUGCACAUGGCAGCAAUAUAUGAUGUUAUAAUCAAAGAUGCCAGUUCUUGAGAAGCAACGCUUCCUUUGAAGUGUUCAAGUUCAAGAGGCCUGCUGAGGCACAAUGAAAGCCAUUGUAUCAAUUACAUUCAUCGUACUACUAUAUGGGAUAAACUCAGUACCCAUCAGUGCCAUUAGAAUAUGUGCCAGUAGGAAAAAGAAUAAUGAAAAUUUUCCAUUAAAACAAAAUACACCUAGUGUACCUGAAGAUUUUCUCAAUGACAGUAAUAUAAUUCAUACUGCAAAAAAUGAUAAUAUUAAAUUUGAAACAUGUACUAAUUUUUGUCAUGCAUUAUGGCAAGAGGAAAAGACUGCAAAUGGAACUAAAAUUAUCAUUUUAUCUCAAGGUUGUUGGAAACAGUCUGGUGAACAAAAAUGUGAAACAACAGAAUGCAUUGCCCUUCAAAGCUCCACUAAAGCAUUGAAUAAUACAAAAUUUUGUUGCUGCCAUGGAGAUUAUUGUAAUCUUAAUAUCAAUAGUACUAAUACUUUAUAUUCUGAGAAUAAUGCACAUACUUCUAUUUCUGCAGAAAAUAAUCAGCCUACAACUCAAUAUUUGGAGCAAUCAGAUUCUGGAAGAUGGAUUGUUAUUAUAACAAGUGUUUUAUUAUGCAUAUUAUUAGUAAUAUGUAUUAUAGCUUUAAUGAUAUAUCGUAUAUAUCAUAAUAAUAUGUUAGCAAGAUUAGGAAAACCACUUUCUUAUACAGAUCAAUUUAUGGAUAGUACAGCAUUAAGAACUGGUACUUAUACAGUAGAUCAUUUGAAACUUACAACAAUUGUAGGUCAAGGUCGCUAUGGUUCUGUAUGGCAAGGCAGCAUGGGAGAUCAAGAUGUUGCUGUAAAAAUAUUUCCUUCUCAUUAUCGUAAUUAUUUCCAAAAUGAACGAGAUACUUAUUGUCUUCCCUUUAUGGAACACUCAUCUCUUUUAAGUUACUAUGGUGUGGAUGAAAGAGUUAGUAUGGAAGGUAGUGUUGAAUAUCUUUUGGUACUUAGUUUUGCACCAGGUGGUACUUUAACAGAUUUUUUAAGAACACAUAUGAUUGAUUGGGCUACAUUUUGUAAAAUGGGUCUUUCUAUGGUGAAAGGUCUUGCUUAUUUACAUACUGAUAUACAUAAAGGUGAUAAAUUUAAGCCAUGCAUUGCACAUAGAGAUAUCAAUUCAAGAAAUAUAUUAAUCAAAGCUGAUGGUACUUGCUGUAUAUGUGAUUUAGGAUUAGCAGUUCAAAUUUCUGGAUCUAAAUAUUAUUCAAAUGGAGAAGCACAACAUGCCGAAAUAAAAUCAAUCAAUGAUGUCGGUACUUUGAGAUAUAUGGCGCCAGAAAUAUUGGAAGGUGCUGUAAAUUUACGAGAUUGCGAAAGUUCUUUAAAACAAAUAGAUGUUUAUGCAAUGGGUUUAGUAAUAUGGGAAUUAGUUUCAAGAUGCUCGGAUAUUUACGUAUUAGGAUCUGAAGUACCUCCCUAUAGACAACCAUAUGAGAAAGAAAUUGGUCUUCAUCCAACAUUUGAACAAAUGCAAGUUUUAGUUUCUCGUAAUAAAGCAAGACCUCUAUUAGAAGGUAAUUUAGUGGAUAGGCCAGGAGUACGUUUGAUUAAAGAAACAAUGGAAGAUUGUUGGGAUGCAGAUGCAGAAGCUCGGUUAACUGCUUUAUGUAUAGAAGAACGCCUUUCAGAAUUACAAUCUCAUCGAGUAACAAUACAUUUUACUGAUGGAAGUCCAAUGGUAAACUCCCAUUGUACUCUAGUGCCUUCAACCACAAAUAGUCUUUAUAGUGAAUCUUCACAUCAUGACAAUAUCCACGCCACUCAACUUAUAUCACAGGUAGCACAAGAUAGUUCGAGCAACGAAGGCGGCGUUGUUGAAAAUCUGGUAACAUUAUCACCUUCUGAAAGCAUUAUCCAUGAGCAUAGCUUUAAAAAUUCAAAUGAAAUAGCAAUAUAUAAUCAUACUCAAACACUUCAACCUUAUCAAGGACGAAAUCCUUGUAUGGAAAGAAAUUUAAUGUUACAGUCGGAUUCACUUGAAGAUUUGGAAUGUAAUGGUAAUGUACUUGUUGAUAAAUCUAUGAAACAUACAUGUAAUGAUCAAUAUAGAAUUGUAUCAGAAGCACAAGGACUUGUUUCUCAUGAUUAUUUGAGUCAACACACAACGCAAUUAUCUCAAUUGAGACCAGCUACACCUAUACCAUAUGUUCAAAAUGUUAUUUCGGAUGAUGGUACAUCAUCGUAUGGUAAAAGGAAACAAACAAAUAUACAUGAGAUUUGUUCGCAAGAUAGUCCUAGAAAAAAAUUAUUCGGAUGGUCAAAUUUUAAAAAAUUACUUGUUAAUAAGAAAAUGUAUCCAUAUAAUAAAUAUCAAAUAGAUCGAGAGGAUUCUAAAUCCAAUUUAUUGUCAAAACAGAACGUACAGAUCAAAACUGUAGAAACUAAUGUAACGAUAUCUCCGGCAGGAAAAUAUGUGAAUGGUAUUAUUACUAAAACACCUGCUUUUACUUCUACGUUAGAUAAAAAUGAUAAAAAUGCUAUACAAAUUGGUAAACAAAAAUUUGAUAAUGAUAAUAAUACAAAUACUCGACCAUCUACCCUACCCCUUGUAAAUUUAAGAAAUAAAAAAAGUGAAAAUAUUAAUAGACAAGAAAGCAUCGAUAAAUUCAACGAAGUUUUUAAUGUAGGAUCUAAUGUAAAUGUGUUAAAAGAUCCACAUAUGAGAAUAAAAACACCGGGAGAUUUACCACCUUCAGUAAGGAAAAUUCGCGGUCGUGGACAAUCAACCGCUAGAUUUUCUCUUUAUGACGAUCGUAUGAUGUGCAAUAUUUUGAGCGAAGAAAAUGAUCGAAAUGACAAAGCUAUUUGGAAUUCGGUACCGUUUGGUAUGGAUCUUGGUGAUAGCGAUGACAAACAUUCACCGACUAAAUUUAAUACCAAAAAUGUUACUUGCUUUUAAUUGAAUAGAGUACUAACAUAUUUGUAAAUGUUUUUAAAAAUCAACAUAAAUUAAGCUGUAUUAUAAUUUCAGCUUGAAUAUAUGUAUGUACAGAGAAAAUAUACGUAAUGAUAAAUAGGAUUUUAUACUCUUAAAUGUAUUUAGGAAUGCAUUUUGAAAAUUUAAAUAUUAGAGAAAAUAAAAAAAAUAAAAAAAAAGAAUAAAAAAUAAAAAAGAGAAAGAAAAAGUACUAAAGUAACAUUAAGAUAUUAAAGGGGAUAUUCAAUUAAUUACUUGAUUCUUAUAAGUAUAUUUUAUGCUUGAAGGAUUUUUUUUCCUUCACAAUAAAUAUCUAUUCAUAAAUCUUAUAUCAAUGUUAAUAUUAAUGUUUCAUAUGUUCAAACUAGAGAUAAGAAAUUCACUAGGAAUGUAUUUUGAUACAUAGUGAAUGUACAUUAUAAUUCUCAUUGUCAGCACAUAAUUAUUUUAUGUAUUUAUAAUUCUUAUGAAUUAUACAUAUGAAUUAUUCCAAAAAAAUUGAUGUUAAUUGUUUAUGGAAAUAUGCGAUAAAUAAAAAUAUUAAAGUUUAUUGACA